AUGCCAGGGGUCCCAGUGCGGCUGGUGUUCCAUGGCCAGGAUGUGAUGGUGAGAUCGGAAGGCCGGAUGGCACAUGAGCUGGCACUGGCCGCCUUUGUCUGGGCCUGUCAAGCUAUUGACAUCGCUGUAGGCACCUGGCACAUUCCUGGUUUCUGUGAACCAUCAUGCCCUGAAAAUAGCCACUGGGAGAUCUGUGCCGACAUCUGCAGGCCCAGCUGCCCACACGAGGAGGGCCAUGUCCUACCCCUGGGGGCACAAGAGCUGAGCCCCAACUGCCAUGAGCUGUGUGAGUGCAACGAAGCUGGGCAGCCACCUUGCUGCAGCCCCCAGGCUUGUGGGGACGAGGCAGCAUGCCUCCUCCCAGGAGCCUGCCGCUAUGUGCUGAGCCGUACCUGUCGAACUGGCCCAGGGGUGCCAGCCUUUACAGUUUGCAUGGACAAUGAGCACCUAAUCCCCAUGGCCAGCGUGACUCGGGCUCAGAAGAUCAAGGUGGGUGUCCAUGGGGUGAAGGUGAUGAUGGAGGCUCAGACUCCCAGGAAGGUGCAGGUUAAUGGGACCCAGGCCCACCUGCCCUUACACCUGGCCAGCGGCCAUGUGCAUGUCUACUUCCGUGGUUUUGGGGCAGUGCUGCAGACCGAUGCUGGCCUCCUGGUCUCCUAUGAUUGGUGCCACCAUGUGUCCAUCAUGGUGCUUGAGACCUACGCUGGUGCCCUCUGUGGCCUGGGUGGGGACUUCAAUGAGGAUCCCCAGGAUGACUUCUGUGCCCCUGAUGGCUCCCUCCUGCCCGACCCAGAGGCCUUCACACUCAGCUGGAAGGGCCCAGACUCUCCGGCCCGUGAUGAGCCAGCCGAGUCCCAAGUCCACAUGGAAAACUGCAUGCACGACCUCUGUGCCACAGGGGGCUCACGGAAGAUCUUGUGUGAGGUGUUAGGGAGCUAUGCCCAGCAGUGCCAGCAUCACAGCCUCCCUCUGUGGCCCUGGAAACACCUGAUGGACUGCAAGCUGGCCUGCCCUCCACACGGCCACUACGAGCUCUGCAGCUCCUCCUGUCCCAGCUCGUGCGCUGAGCCUGCCCUGCCCGACAGCGGCCUGACACCAUGCCAGGAGGGCUGCCAUGAGAUCGACCCAGAUCCAUAUGUAUCCAGCUGUGCCCUUGAUCUGUGUCUUGCUGGGGGCAGUGACCGCAUCCUGUGCGUGGCCUUGCAGGUGUGCGCCACAGUCUGCCAGGGUGCAAACAUCACCACUGGCACUGGAGGAAUUCUUCCUUCUGUGGUGGGAGACCGGGUCUGGCUGAAGCGAUGCACCCGCUGCUGCAGCUGUGACAAACCUGGGCAUUUCUGCUGCAGCCCAGCAUGCUGCCCUGUUGGGGAGAUCUCUGGUCUGCAGAGUGGCCUACUGGACUGUCAGAGCCCCUUGGGCACCUGCGUGGCCACCGGAGACCCUCAUUACUUCACCUUCGGUGGGGCCGUAGCCCAUUUCCAACACACCUGCAUCUAUCACCUGGCCCAUUCCUGUGGGCCGGACCCCAUCUCUGGAGGCUUCUCUUUCAGCAUGGAGGCUUCCAACAGAAAUUUCUGCAGCCAGCAUGUGUCCUUCUUGAACCAUGUGGAGGUGGAGCCCAGCAGCCCGGGACUGAAGACUCAUGUGAUCCUGGAACGAGGGCAGCAAGUCCAGGUGGAUGGCCAGGUGGUGAGCUCCCUGGUGCAGCUGGGCCCUGAGGCCCGCGUGUGGCAGGAGCAGGAUCAGGUGCACUUCAACAGCCGCAACACGCUGGUCAUGCAGGUAGGGCCCGAGUACCGGGGCCACCUCUGCGCCUCUUUGGCAACUUCAGUGGUGACCUCAGCAACGACAAGCUGCCAGCAGGACACUAGGGCCACCAAGACCUGCCAGGACAGGCCCUGGGUGGAGCAGCUCUGCAGAGUUCUGACGAAUCGCACAGGGCCCUUCGCCAAGUGCCACUGGCACGAGGACCCCACGUCCUAUACACAAGCUUGCGUCUUUGACCUCUGCCAGUAUGGCAUGGGGAACCGCAUGCUGGGUGUGACAUGUCAAGUCAACAGCUACUACAACUUCUGUGGGCCACCCUGCCCAGCCACCUGUGCCAGCCUCAACUUCUCCAUGCCCUGA